AUGUGCUUGGCAUGUAAAAAGUUUUUUUCCAACAGAACGUUUUACAAACACAAAGAAACUUGUAGCAGUUAAGCUCAGCCAGUUAAAACUAAAACACUAAGGCCUCUCGACCUUCACUAUAGUGAAGAGUUUGUUUUGAAUAUCCUGAAUAAAUUUCGAGAUGGUUCUAUUGGAAACUUCAUAAGAGAGUCCAAGAUUGUUCAAACAAUUGGAUAUAAACAUUAUCUUGCUAGACGAUCAGAAUCGAGUAAAACUACAGAGGUGAGAAGAGAAGUCAUGAUGGAAAUGAGAGAACUCAGCAGACUGUUCUUUUGUUUCAAGUCUAUUGCAGAAGAGGAGCUUUCGUUUGUAGAAAUGUAUGAAAGAAACCAUCUGUCAACUCUAAAGGAAGCUUUCUCAACUUUAUGCACAGGAGAAGAAGGAGAGAAGUAUGGUUUGAAAAUUAACUUAAACAGCAUUUUCCAAAGAAGCAUAAAGAUUCUUUUGGGAUAUUACUCAGAAACACAGCUUGACUCCAAAGUUAAGGAAUUGGAGAGGUUCAGAAAAGCGUACAAUUUUAACCUUCCUGAUAUUGUUGGUAAAGCCAGAUAUCACACAGAGAAGAACUCUUUAAAGAAGGCAAGACUCCCCAAGAGCCUUCCACUUGAAGAUGAAAUGAGGAAAUUGAAACAAUUUCUCAUUCAAGAAAUAGAUGACACCGUGGAAAACUUUUCACUUAAUCGGUACACAUGGCUUCGUUCAUUAGUAGUCGCCCGAUUAACUCUAUAUAAUGCCAGACGAGGAGAAGAGGGUUCAAGGCUACUGCUUGAGGAAUGGUAUGAUGCCAUAAAUUCAACCUGGAUACCUCAGGAAGCAGUUGAAAGUGUUAAAGAUGAUGCAGAAAAGUACCUCAUUGGCCAAUAUAAAUUAGCAUACAUGGCUGGGAAAGGGAGAAAGUGUGUUCCAGUUCUGAUUCCGAAUGAUUUGUUCAAGUUCACAUUGCUCUGGAUGGCAUGCAGUAUUCACUGUGUGUGA